UUAUUUGAAACCACAUCGAUUUCUGCAACCAACAUGUUUCAUUUCGUUUAUUUUUCAUGUUUUGACCUCACAAGGCUUCCGUCCGUUACUGACGGCUGUUAGCAGCUAGGUGUUAGCUGAAGCUCUAUCUCCUAAAACCCCAGUUUCUCUUUGUUGCAAAUGCGUUAAACCCCCGGUCAGUGAGUGUGUUUUGUCAGUAUAGCAAUCCAUAAUCAUAAUAACGUGAUAAAGACGUAUAAAACGUUUUUAGAAGUUGUAUUUUAGCGCAGUGUCCCCGGUGCAUUGAAUGCGUGACGCGUAGCUAACCAGCUCCGCUACUCCAGUUUCUCUUUGUGAGUUCUGUCCAGGAGACCUGUGAAGACAAGCUGGUUGGAUUAUAGUGUGGACUAGUUAAUCAAUGAGUAACGAACUAGAAAAAAGCAAAGAGCCCACUCAGAAAGAUGAAGGAGAAGGCAGCAAAGUGGAAAUCACUUCAGGGGCAGGAUCAGAGAAUGAGAAGUCAGACACACUACACACAGAACCAACCCCAGGCUCAGACACAGCCCUGGGUGACGAGCCUCCGACUGACUGGUUUGAGCCCCUUGAAGACUUUGACGGUGAUGCAGAAGAAGAAAGUUUGGCAGGUGAAAGUGAAAGGAGUUUCAGCAUAGCAGGCAGCGAAACAACUAUUAAAAGGAAUUUUCAGCUUUCCCUUCCCCAGAGAAAGCGUUCUAAUCCAAAUGAGGGGUGGGAGGAAUGGCCUGGCCUGGGUGAGGGCUGGAAACGCAAAGAAGUUAUCCGACGUUCAGGAAGCAGCAUGGGACAGAAGGAUGUAUAUUAUCUCAGUCCAAGAGGUGACCGAGUGAGGAGUCGAGUAGAGCUCAUCUCUAUGCUGGAGGGAGUCCUUGAUAUGACCAAGUUUGAUUUCAAAUCAGGAAAGUUCUAUGAGGGCAGUGCUCCACCAACACGGGUUCGGAACAGAAAGAGGAAAAUACGGGAGCGUUCCUCCUCAGAGUCCAGCUUUAUGGAGAGAGGAGAGGGGGCAGAUACUCCUGACUCCUACUAUUCAGUUACCCCCAGCAAGAACACAACGUCCAACCUGGCAGCCAUGUCGCAGAGUACUUAUCUAAAUAUGUUACCCAGCAGUCCGCAUGACACGCCACAUGAUACGCCACAUGAUUCUCCACAUGGUAGUCCACAUGGUACUCCACAUGGUACACCACACAAUACGUCGCAUGGCACGGCCACCGCAGCAAACAAACAGGCGUCUCGCAGUGGACAUGGAGCUGCAGAAGAUAUGAUCAGGCUUCCUUUUCCCUCGUCGUCUAAACCGCUGAGGCUCCCAUCCAUCAAGGGAGAAUUUGGGUCGGAGGAAAACACGCUAGUCUGUUUCAAGUGUGGCAUUCCCUUCACUGGCACGUGGUAUGACAAACAGAGGAAAAAACCCUGCUGCCCUACCUGCUGGGCAUCAAAAUCUAAAGAGCAUCCAAUGAUCCGUUACAGGAAGUGGAUUCCUUGUGGCCAGUGUGUCGGUUGUCACAAUUCCAUCAACUGCGGCCAGUGUGCCAACUGCAAACAUGGAUUGACGAGCCCUGAAGCUCGGAAACGCGUGUGCCGAAAACGGAGGUGCAUGUGUCCCAUUAAGAAGGCACCUCCAAGUGCAACCUUUCUUCAGCAGAAGUCUCAAUAUGACAUUUCGGAGAACAAUGAUGACACAAGCAUGAGCUUUCAGAGUGAAUUUGCAGAUGAACAGCACCCGAGUCUAAAAAGCAGUGAUACAGAGAAUUUAGAGUACAACGUUGACGUUGAUGACGACGAUGACAUGUCAACUGACGACGACGAUGAUUGGCAUAAGAAGCGAAAGCGACGCGCAUGUGGAGAGUGUGAAGCUUGUCGCUGCAGGAAAGACUGCGGCGUGUGUGAUUUCUGUGUCGACAAACCAAAGUUCGGAGGCUGCAACAAAAAGAGGCAGAAGUGUCGUCUUCGACAGUGUCAGAGACAGGCGAUGAGACAUUUACUCCCCUUUCAGAUGGGACAAGGAGAGUAUAGAGCGGAGGGCAUGAGUUCGCUGGGCAGAUCCAAACCCCAUUUCACCUACAGUCGCAAAUCAAAUCUAAAGAAAAACAAAGGGCCGGAUGGUAGCUUCGAGUUAAUUGGAAAUCAAGAUGAUGACGACAACGACGAUGACAACAGCAACUUCCAACUGAUGAGGUGGAAUUCUGAGCCUACAAGUGGCAGCAAUCCAAACGACCUGACCAUGACGAACAACCUCUCCCUGUUGGAGCCAGUUUCUUAUAUAAACUUUGGACUGAGCAAUGGUCUUCAACAAAAGGGACCCCUGAUCAGCAAACAUGACAGCAAUGAGCAAGGACAGCAAAGCAGAUGGGGUGAGGAGAGAUUACCACCAGGUCAAAGGCUUGUUGAGGAGGAGGAAGAGGAAUUGCCAGUAAUCACUCGAAUAUUCAGUUGGGACGAUGUGACAGUGUCGACCAGUGCCGAGAGUGAAAAUGAGCUGAUGAAACUGCUGCGCUCCCUGCGCUCCUCUGCUCUCCCCAUCCUCUGGUACGCCAUCAUGGUGGAGGGCCCCCAGCUGCAGCUCAUCCAGUGUUCCAAACAGUCUGUGAUGUCCGACACCGUAGUGGUCAUCGACCCGGGCUUUUACUUUCAAAUCAUUGUCCAAAAGCAGCCGCUGCUGCCGACUCACCCUCUCUAUGACAGUUAUUCAGAGCGUUUGACCAACGUGGCUGAUGUCGUCAACCUGCUGCUGGGCCUGGAGAAAUAUGUGGUUUGUCAGGGCCUGACGCCGAAAGAAACACUACCUAAAAAAGAACCAAUCAUACUGGAGCGGGCGGCAACCUGUGAUUUCUUAGUGAGGAAGAACGCAACCAUCUGUAUUAGCUGUAGGACGAUGCAGGGACUUUAACCCUCAUGACAUGAUGAAGCAACUGUUUCCAGUUUUUAUUAAAUUAGUUUCAAUAGUAUUUGAACCACUUUGUUCUAAUUGGAGCAACAUGAGUUAUUUUGGAAAUCACCCCAAGAUGCUUUGACCAAAAGAAGUUGGAGUCAAAAGAAAAACUAGGUAUAUGCAAUGUUGCUUUUGAAUAUUUAUUAACGCUUAGUUCAUUUUUCACAUGCCUUUUUUAAAGCGCAUCUGUGAACAAAACACUGCAGAUUUUUCACUGCUGGAUUUUUCAACCGCAGCAAUUGAAACGUUUUACUCGUCUCUGAGUAAAUAACAGCUGAUCUUCACCUCCCCUUCGUCAGGAGCCACGUCUGUUCAGAAAAGUGUCCGUUGGAGAUGUAAGAGGUUCUUUAGUCAAUACUAAAUUAUUAUUCAUAUAUGAUAUUAUUUGACUGAAAUGCUGUUUAGCCCAUCAACAUACUGUUAUAUGUUUUUUUUUUUCCAAACAGAUCUCCAUGUAAGGCUGUUAAAAA